AUGAUGCCGGGCUUCUCGGACGACGCUGAUCGGCAAGCUCGUCAGGCGGCCUUAGUAAAGUCGGACGUCAAGUGGCAGAGCAGCAAUGUGUCGGUAGAAGACAGUUCAGCUCCGUCGGACAUUGGCUCACAGUCGGGAGAUGUCGUGUUCGAAAAGGAAAUUCGGGAAGCAAUGACCGGGGGAGGGGGAGCGGGCACGAGGACCACGAACCACGGCAAGCGGGAGGCGAGCGCCUGCGGCAGCGUCGUAGGGAAGAACAAAGCAGCAGCAUCCCAUCACGCGAGUGCCAAAAAAGCCCGGGGCAAGGACUACCCGCACUGGGCCACACACUUUCUGAAGCGGACAUGCGCGCACCGCAAGAUCCCGAGGAAGUCGCAGAAGAUCAAGGAUGUCCUGGUGGUGGCCCUGCGAUCUUUCGACGCCAACAUGAAAUGGCCAUCUCCGUACUUCGACGACCUCGAUGCUAUCGCAGCCGGCGAAUCUGGACGCGGCAGCGAGCAGGAGGAGGGGGAGGAGGAGGGAGCCAUCCCUGCGAAAGCGCUGCUUAUGCUUCGAGGCGUUGUCAACAUGGUCGCCCUAGCACGUGACAGAACUGAACCGUUUACAGUCGAGGGUGUGGACUGCAGUGUGGCGGACCUUUACGACGCCAUGGAGAAGGAAGCCAAACCGGAACUGGAGGAUUCUGCCGGCGGGACCGGAGGUAGUGGCAGCAUCACGGAGCGCAAGGGCCUACACUGCAUGAUGCGGCUCGUUGGGAUCCUGUGCGAAGACUCCAUCCGCCCACUUGUCAUGAGCAGCCGCUUGCAGGAGGACCCUCGCCACAAUGUGCGUGCUGGGGGUAGGGGGUUGGUAGGUGAGAAAAUCGUGGACGACGAACAAGUGAGUCACGUCAACCCGAACAUCAUCCAGCACCCUAAAAUGUCGUCGGAAGAGAUUACCAAGAUGUGGUCUGCGGCAAAGGCGAAAUGGAACACGCCUAAUGCCAACUGGAAGAGUGAAUCCGGCAACAACCAGCCAUGGCCUUCAUUUUGCCAAGGUAAGAGAUGGGUGACGUAGGGCUGGGUAUAUAAUAGCGUCUGUUUUCUCCAGGAAACUUGAGCGAUUUUGUGGCCGUGGCGUCAAUUGUGCCGAUCCUACUUCAUCGUGCAACUGCUGCUACGGUCGGAGUUUUGAUAUUGCACCUGGAGUUGUCGACAGUGUUGUAAAACGUACUCCCGGGAUGACGCCCAUAUUGAGGCCUGAUUGAAGAGGAUUGUCUGCACCAUGAACUUUUAUCGUGUGUUUUGAAGCAGACCAAACGCCUUACCAAUUGCUCCAAACAGACCACUCCCCGCCCGCGGUUUGCGCUUUGUUUUUUUUGCAGGAGACACGGACACGUACAUUCUCGGUUGCGAAAUCGAGAAAUACCCCGAGCUUGACCAAGUGUGCAA